AGUAAAGGGGAAUGAAGAGUAGAAAAAGAGAGAAGAAAGAGGAAGGGGAAGGGAAGGAUGAUAGAGGUGGUCUUGAACGACAGAUUGGGCAAGAAGGUGAGAGUAAAAUGCAAUGAAGAUGAUACGAUAGGGGACCUCAAAAAGCUGGUGGCUGCCCAGACCGGCACCCGACCCGAUAAGAUCCGGAUCCAGAAAUGGUACACUAUCUACAAGGACCAUAUCUCUCUCAAAGACUACGAAAUUCAUGAUGGCAUGGGCCUCGAGCUGUACUACAACUGAUCAGUUACUCUCCGGUAAUUACAACUUAAACAAGUAUUUCUUUCGAUUGUUCUCUGCCUCUAGUUUCAUGCGAGUCGAUGCUUCCUUUGCCAGGAAAGGAUACAAGAGAGAAUAUCAUAUCAUAUCAUAUAUCUGCCCGCGUUAUCUGUGUAUCAUGUCGAUGUGUGUCCUUCAAUGCUCAACCAAACUUAUCUGUGUAGUUUAAUUUAAUCGUGUAAAAUGUUGUCUGCCACCCAUAUGAGAUGUUUGUUUCUCCA